AGUUGCAAGGGGUAGACUUUGCCAUAGAAUAGCUGCAAUUUCUAAUGUCCUACACCGCUUUGCGGGCCCUUUCUGCUGAAUUCCUUCUGAUACGAAUGGUUCUAAAACUGGAGCAUAGAAAUACAUUGUGGGGCAUUUCUAUUUUAGAUUGAAGUUGAUAUCCUUACUGCGAGCAACAAGUAUCCAGUUGUGAAAGGUCUUGCUGGGGGUAAGACUCUGCAAAGGACACAGAGGAUCUCCACAGUACCACUGCUAAGCAUGAAAGUUCACCUCCUUUUUUAAUAUUGUUAAUAUACUAAAUAACCAAACUCUACAAACUUGAAGGAGAUCGUUGAAUUGAUUGCAUGGGAAGUGGAAAUAGGAAUCUUGGCCAGUAUGACUGAAAUCACGACUGAAGGUCAUCCGGUAAACACCGCUGGAUUUGAUGACAAGAAUGGAGCUGUUCCAACGCCAAUGGCAAAGAUGUCGAAAAAAUCUGUGUCUGAUGACCUGGCUACAACUUUCAGCUCUCCAGCAGCAUGGUUCCUAGUCGUGGCUUUGAUUGUAACUUGGUCAGCAGUGGCUAUUGUUAUGUUUGACUUGAUAGACUACAAGAGCCUUGUCGCUGACAUAGAUCCUGCCUAUUCUCUGUACUGUGAUGAAGCCUGUUUGCCACCUGGGAAGCAACAAGCUGGUGUCGGCAAAGUCCUAAAGGAAGCACAGAGUCCAAGAGGAGGUUUUAAAGAGUUAAGCUCAGAUCCUGUGAAAGUCAUAGAUGAGGCUGUGGAGGAUACCUCAAAUUGGAUCAAUGGUUUUAUAUCUUUACUGUCUGAUACAUUAUCAACAACAGAUGACGAUGUGGAUGAAGGUGAAAUUAAACCUCAGACAAAAAAGAAAGCAGUUCUUCACCCCCCAGCUAAACGAAAAGGUGAAGCUCAUCCGCCAUCUAAAAGAAAAGCUCCACCACCAGAGACUAAAAGACUGAAACUUGAAAAGAAGACUAAAAUAAAAGAAGUGAGACAAAAAGCUCCAUUGAAAGUGGAUAAAAAAGUUAAAGUAUUAAAAGUUAAAGUAUCUAAAGUUGAAGAAAAAGUGAAGAAACAACUCAAAGGCAUAAAGGUGAAGAAAAGGGAGGAGAAAGUUAAGAAACCUGAAAAGAAAACUAAAGAUGAGAUCAAAGUGAGGCCAAAAAUCGAAGUAAAGAAAGAAGAUGUGAAACCCAAGAUCAAGAAAGAACAGAGAGGUAAAAAGAAAGAACAGGAGCCCAGUGUCCGGAAGUCUGAGAAGGCAAGCAAGAAAGAAGUAAAAGUGAAAGUUAUCAAAGAAGUGACGCAAAAAUCAAAGGAUAAAGAUCAAUAUCAGUUCUGUCGUUAUGUGAUUGACAUGUACACUCUUGGGAAUAUUUAUCCAGGCCAUCCAGCAGCUCCUGCAGUCACUCCAGCUCCAGAACUUGUAAAACCUCCUGCAAAGAAAUCUGCCACUAAGAAACCUUCUGGAUCUUCUGUUAAAGAGGAGAAGGACAUUGUUACUGUGAUCAAGCAUGAAGAGAUUGAAAAACCAGAAAAGGUUUCCAAUUUAAAAGAAGCUUCUUCAUCACAAACACCAAAACCAGAACCAGAAAAGGUUUCCAAGUUAAAAGCUUCUCCAUCACAAACACCAAAACCAGUAGAGAAAGGAAAGCCUCGAACUGCAAAAUUAGCAGCAAAACCAGUUAAAGAAAAGCCAAUUACUCCUUCAAAAGAAAUGGCAAAGAAGAAAUUGUCUCCUCCUGCUCUCAAAGAAACAAAAGUUGAACAGAAUGAUGUUGAUCAGGCCACCAAAAAAGCUACUAUGAUGAAACGCAAAACGGCACCUGCUGCACCAGUGAAAGAAACUAAAAAGAUCAAAACUGAAACAGCAGUGAAACCAUCAAAAGAUUUGAAAGCAGAGAAAGUAAAGAAACAGAAACCCACUGUUGCUGCCUCUGUUGAAAAAGAGAAAGUAAAGAAACAGAAACCCACCGUUGCUGCCUUUGUUGAAAAAGAGAAAGUAAAGAAACAGAAACCCACCGUUGCUGCCUUUGUUGAAAAAGAGAAAGUAAAGAAACAGAAACCCACCGUUGCUGCCUCUGUUGAAAAAGAAAAAGUGAAAAAACAGAAGUCAGCUGCAGCUGGGAAAGCUAAUCUUACAAAAGAGAAACCUUUGGAAAAAAAGAAGAAGCCUAUAAUAUCAACAAAAGUUAAACCUACUAAAAAAGAAGUCUCAGUUAAACCUACUAAAAAAGAAUUCUCAGCUAAGUCUACAAAAGAGAAAGUAAAAGAACCAAUGAAGCAGAAACCUGCAGCUCCUGAUGCAACAAAAAAAGAACCGCAGAAGCAGAACUCCACAGCUUCAGAUACAGCAAAGAAAGAAAUAAUAAAAGAAGAGCAUAGAAAACUUUCAACCAAACCAAAGGAGAAAGAAAUUGAAAAAGAAAAGCAGAAAAAACCUUCAACCAAACCAAAGGAGAAAGAAAUUAAAAAAGAAAAGCAGGGAAAACCUUCAACCAAACCAAAGGAGAAAGAAAUUAAAAAAGAAAAGCAGGGAAAACCUUCAACCAAACCAAAGGAGAAAGAAAUUAAAAAAGAAAAGCAGGGAAAACCUUCAACCAAACCAAAGGAGAAAGAAAUUAAAAAAGAAAAGCAGAGAAAACCUUCAACCAAACCAGAGGAGAAAGAAAUUAAAGAAGAAAAGCAGAUAAAACCUUCAACCAAACCAAAGGAGAAAGAAAUUAAAGAAGAAAAGCAGAGAAAACCUGCAACCGAACCAAAGGAGAAAGAAAUCAAAAUAGAAAAGCAGAGAAAACCUUCACUCAAACCAAAGGAGAAAGAAAUUAAGAAAGAGAGAAAACCUUCAACCAAAUUAAAGGAGAAAGAAAUUAAAAUAGGAAAGCAGAGAAAACCUUCAACCAAACCAAAGGAGAAAGAAAUUAAAAAAGAAAAGCAGAAAAAACCUUCAAUCAAACCAAAGGAGAAAGAAAUUAAAAAAGAAAAACAGAAAAAACCUUCAACCAAACCAAAGGAGAAAGAAAUUGAAAAAGAAAAGCAGAAAAAACCUUCAACCAAACCAAAGGAGAAAGAAAUUAAAAAAGAAAAACAGAAAAAACCUUCAACCAAACCAAAGGAGAAAGGUAAUUGGGUCUAUUAUGCAACUGUGGAACGAAAAUUACUAAGAUUUAAGUUUAUGAACAAACCAAAUUCCCCUGAAAAUGAAAUUAAAAAGGAAAAGCAGAAAAAACCUUCAAUCAAACCAAAGGAGAAAGAAAUUAAAAAAGAAAAGCAGAAAAAACCUUCAGCCAAACCAAAGGAGAAAGGAAUUAAAAAAGAAAAGCUGAAAAAACCUUCAAUCAAACCAAAGGAGAAAGAGCAAGGAAAGCUGAAAAAAGUAAAAUCUGCUACAAUAGCUACAACUAAAGAGGCUGAAACCAUGAAGCAAAUGAAGCCAAAACCUACGGAAAAAGCCAAAAAGCCAAAAGUAAAGAAGGCUGACACUGUGAAACAAGUGAAACCAAAGCCUGCAAAGAAAGCAGGAAAGCCUAAAGUCACAAAGGCAGAACCUGCGAAGCAAGUGAAACGGAAGCCCGAAAAGAAAGCAGAACAACCUAAAGUGACAAAGGCAGAAACGAUAAAGAAAGUGAAACAAAAAACUGCAGAGAAAGAGACCAAAACCAUGAAGCAAAAGAAACCAAAACCUACAACAAGAGAGACAGAAAAAAUAAAGCAAAUGAAACCGAAAUCUCGAGGAAAAGAGGCAGAAAAAAUAAAGCAAGUGAAACCAAAACCUCAAGUAAAAGAUAUUGUGAAGCAAGCGAAAUCAGUAUCUGCAGAGAAAGAUAAACUCUCUACAGUCAAAGCUGCAAGUACCAAGACUGCAGCUGAAACAGAGAAAGCUGCUGUUGCAAAGCCAGCAAAGACUAAACCUGCAAAACAUGAAGGUCCUCCACGCUUCUUCCAGUGCGUUUUCCUUGAUGGUCCCAAUGGAUAUGGGCCAAUGUCAAAUGGUCUUCAAAGCCUCAUUGCGACCAAAAGUCACACCAGGCAGAGUGGGGAAUCUGAGAGGAAGCUCAGGUCUCCUGGACAUUAGGUGAAUGGAUGAUGAGAUUACAUGGAAAACUAUUCUGCACGUUACGUGCCGGAACUUUCAGUCCUCCUGGUCUGCCUUCGUUUGGAGAGCUGCGAACACAGGGAGCACUGAGAAGAACAAAACACUUUACUGUUGAUUGCACCUGCAAAAUAAAACAGGAAAGAUGACCGGUUUGAAUGGAACUCAACCUUAUUCAGGGUUGUAAAACUGAAAUAUCUAAUACUAUCAACUUAAUGCUGUGGCACCAUUAAAUUACUCCUAACAACAUGUGCACUGCUGACACACAAUGCUGCCACACACCUGCAUUGUCUCCUGUACAAUGCAACACAAGCCCUUUGCAAAUGUCCAGGAUGCAUUGGAUUCCUGGCUUAAAAUUGCUUUACAAAUGCUUAUAAAUACACUUCUGCACUUCUGUAAGCGUGAGUCAUUCAACUCAACUCUCUUUGUAAUGAAGAAUAAUGAUUGCCUAGGUAAUGAUUUUCGAUUCUCCUGAAAUCAUGAAAAUUUAAGUUCUUAUGUCUUGCGGUGAAUACUUUUUCAGAAUAUUUGUUUGCCUGCAUCAGUUGUUGUGGCUUUUGUCUAUGUAUUCUGAACAUUAACAUCACCACAGUGCCUCCUUCAGAGAAACAAGGCAGUAUUCUGUGUGGUGUACAGAUUGUGAAGCAUUUUCGAUAAUCUUUAUACUAUGACACAAAUGCCAACGGGCAGUGAAGGUGCCCAUCCAAAUUUUCAAUAUGACAGAAGUGUUGACAGUAUGCUCUGAAGCAUUAGUUCCAAAGUAGAAAUUGUCGGGAAACAGAUUGUUUUUUAUGUCACUAAUUGCCCUUCAGCAUUCAAAAAUACUGCUGUGAUUAACUGCCAGCUUGAAACCUUCAUAGAGAGCAGAUGCACUCAGUAAUUUACUGUCAAGCUUGUCUUAUAGAAACCUUUAAUGUAUCUCUUGUGUCAGUGCAUGGCUUUUUGGGAGUAGCUUCCCUUUCUGCUCCCAGCUUUUGUAACUGUAAUUUUAUAACAUGCUAUGAUAAUUUGGGAUGAAAUUUACCAGUUAUUCAACAGCUACUGUGUGGCUUUAACUAUUUUUCAAGCAUGUGAUUUUUUUUUGAAGAGAAAUUUCACAGACUAGUUUUGGGCGAAUGCUGAGGAAAUACUUGAGGGAAAAGUGUGUGAAGUGUGGAAGUCCAUGGCUUUAAGUGGUUUGUGUGUUCUUAUUCCUGAACACCAACAGGAGUUUCAUGAGAAAAUGCAAGUAUAUGGUAAUUGCAUUUGACUUUAAUGCAGUGAAUGGUUUGAAAUGUGCCCUCUUUCUUCCACCUUGUAUCUAGUAAAAGUUACUACAAAGCCAGCAGGAUUCAAGAGCAAAGGUGCCACCAAUGUGAUGGCAUUUAUUGUUCCGAUGGGUGCUAAUAUAUAUAUGCAUUAGGUGCUUUGGUAUUCCUAAUAAAGCAUUUGUUUUUUUAAACAAAA